GGAAAAAACUGCUAUGGCGGAACUGUCAUAGAACGCAAAAUGAACAUAUCUCAACAAAUUCUCGCAUUGGAUGCUCGAUACAAUGCGUAUCGGGUUCCAAACAACCCUUCAUACCGUGAGUAUCAUUUAGUGUAACAAGGCAUUAAGUAUACGUGUUGUUUGACCGUUGUAAUUGUUUGCUGAGAAGUUGGACGUUAGAUAUCAGAACUGUUGUCCUAAACAGCUGAUUGAUGCCCAUUUGUUGUAGGUACUUUGUACAUAAGAAGAAGAAAUCAGCUACUACGGGAAAACGCCAAAAGAGAGGUAAAGUAUAUAAGUUUAUUUAGGUUUUUUUAAACUUAUUGUUGGCAAGAGGCAACGGCAAAUGAGCUGAUGCUUUUCGAGAGAGUACCAAUGUCAUUCCCGUGACUGGAAUCGCUUAACCUGGUGCCUGUUAGGUCUUGUUAGCAGCCGUAGAUUCCUUUUCUUUGACUAGGCAUUUCACCAUUAAUGAACAUGAAUAUGGAAGCAAUCAGUUCGCAGUAAUGAACACUACCUGUGUAUUUAAGAAAAAAAAUAGGGCCUGAGAAAAUUUAAGAUGAGUAUAGGAUUUGAACCUAUGACCUCUACAGUACUACUGCAGUGUUCUACCAACUGAGCUAAAGAGCAAACUGGGAGCUGGUCACUUUGUUGGUUUUUUAAUAAACUUGUGAAGGGAUUAACAAAUGACUGUGACUAUAUAUGAGAACCAUAUAUGUGAACUGUGUAUCAAGAAAUAAAUAUGAGAGCAAUCUUGACAGUAUGAAGUGAAAUAAAAAGCAAAAAUGAAAUAAAAAGCAAAAGUGAAAAAAAAUUCAGGUCUGUACAGGAUUUGAACUUAUGACCACUAUUGUUAUCAUACAAAAUGUCCCUGCCCCACCUCCCCCACACCCUCUCCAUAUAGAGUAUAUUUUCCCUUCCCAGUCCUCUGAUGUGCAACCAAUACACCAGGGUCUAAUUCCUGCCCACUUCCUCCCCUCCCUACUGUUUUAAAGCACUUGAGAAUGUUCAAUGCACAUUUUCAGUUUUCUUUAUUUCUUUGAUAUGAUAAUAAUGUAAAGCAAUGUUAUUGUUAUGGUUGCUGUGCAGAAAUUGGAUCAUUCAUGCCGCAGGCAGUAUCUUUCCCUGAGAAGACAACUGUUGUCUAAAAGAUAUGGUCCAUCUGAGUCAUCGCUUUCAAGGUUAGAACUUUUCCUUGACAGUCUCCAAGGUUACCAAAGUAUCAAUUUAUAUUAAUUUGACAGUUAAAUAUUGAAUAUUAGUUUAUUUGGGAAUAACUUUCUAAAACUCUUUGAUCAGCUUUUGCAUCAUUAUGCCCUAAAGUAACCUCACUUUUUUUUCUUUUUGUAGGAGCAGAAGUGCAAGCACAUACAGCAAAUUGAGUUCCUUUGAGGUUUGUUUGAUGACCAGACUUGUCAACUGAAGACAAGUUUGUGCUGAAUUCUGCUCAUUUCUGUGUAACUCUAUAACUGUGCACGAAAACUUGAUUCUGUUAAUAGAAAUUACAGAUUCCCAGAUCAAAUCCAUAGAUGUUCUUUGAUUGUCAAAUCAGUCUGUGCAAAUUUAUUCAUAAGCUUGUCCUUCUAAAGGUUUAUAUUAAAGAAGUAGAAAGGUUUUAAACAGUGAAUACAGUUUUUUGUGAUGUGUUAGUCAGAAGCUUUGUUUUAAUUGGGUACCGUGUUUAAGCAUUAAUUGUCCUUUGGUGCAUUUGUAAUGCAGGUGUCACUGAAUAAGUGAAAUUAUUAUUGUGUAUGAGUUUAAAUGAAGUGUUUCUUUUGAUUGAUACUCUUCCAGACAAGUUUUGAUUCCUUGCACAUUGAUCCAUCUGAAGGGGGACAUUCUCCUGGCAAGCCUUCACAUCGUCGUUACCACAGUUCAGGCUCCUUUAAAUUCUUACCUCAAGCUGAUAUUCCAGAAUCACCUCCAAGGGGUGUGGUACCCACUCGUAAGGCAGAAGCCAGCAGGUACGUUUUUCUAAACCCGCUUUUCAAUUUUGUUAGUUUUCUUUGUCCCUAAUAGAUGUAUGUCCUCAAAUAAGUCUUUAAACUUGUAUUUUGACUUUGAUCUUCUAGGCGGAUGGCAGGGAACACUAGUUUGGGUGAGAAUUAUGCCUUUGCUGGGAUGUAUCACAUCUUUGAUCAGCAUGCAGAAAGUGGUAAGAAUGUCCCUAAAAUGCUUUCUUAAAUUUCUACAGCCUUGGAAUUUCUUUAUAAUAGGAGCUUAUAUUUUGCUGAAAUUUCUUUAUCUAAGGAGCACAAAUAAUUUUGCUCACAUGAAUAUGAAUGUAAGUUUUGUAGUUGGUGGUUGUUUUUAUUUUUCAACCUUUUCAACCUUUCCCUCAGAUUAAUGCAAUUAAUUCUGACAGACAGUUUGAAGUCUUGUUUUGUUUUGGGUCACAGCCACUUCAUGGUUCAAAUUCAAACAAUGUGUGGCUGUGAAUCAUACCUUUGCCAUGUUGUGUCUCCUAUAAGGCACUUUUCUGUGCAACCAAGGCUUGUGUCUUUAAUUUAAAAAAAGUGAUGCUUCCAAACCUCUGACAACUGAUUAAUUCCAAUCUCUAGGAAUGCAAACCAACCAACAUCUCAAUCUUUACUGAGAAAGUUGUUUUUAAGUUAUUUUUGAAUAAAAUACAUUUGUUUAUUUUUAGUCACAGCAAUCAAAUUUGCCAAUGAUGACAAGUUUCGCUUGGGGUGUAGUUCUGCUGAUGGGACACUGUCUGUCUGUGUUCUUGUUCCAUCCCCUCCAUCAGUUACUUGUACACUGAGAGGACACACAGCAGCCGUAACAGGUAAGUAAAAGCUAAGUGAAAAGCUAAUAACCAAUUGUUAACUGGACAAUGAGCUUGUAUGGCUGACAAAUUGAGAAAUCAACCCUGGCAGUACAAGUAGCUUGAACUGUGAGGAAAGUUCAAGUAUUUUGGUUUGUACUUACAGUCACAGUGAAUAACUGUCACUCAAACCAUGUCAGUGCAUUGAUCAUAUGUAUUUGCCUCAUCUUAGCAUACUAGACUUCUGGGCCCAGUUGUUAGAAGGGCCAAUGAACACCAUUCAAUGGAUAAGUUGCUAUCCAGUGGAUAAGAGAUAGCAAAACAUUUAGGGUUAUUGACUGGAUAGAAAUUUAUCCAGUGAAUAUCUGACCUUUGAACAGCUGGGGCCUGGUUGAGAGGAUGGGUUUGAAGGCCUGGGCAGGUCUUUGUGUUCUGCCCUUAUGUAAAAUAAUUAAAUGAUCACUAUGCCUCUCUCCCCUCAGGAGUAUGCAUGUUUUAUAUACUCUGCAUUCUGUCAAGGAAAAGUUUUGAACAAAAUAAAUAAAAUUUCCCCAUAAUGUUUCAUAAACUUUCCAUUUUGAUCCCUUGCAAAAAUCAAAGGUUCUCUUCAAAGAUCCAAUACAUGAUUGAAUCAGCGGAAUUCACAUUUUGCAUGAUACAUUUGUACUCCAGUAACAGCCUCUGACUACCUCUGACUCCAGCAACAGCCAUUGACAUUGAAUUUUGCUUUUUUAUUAGACUUUGACUGGUCAAUUACCAAUGACUUUAUACUCUCUGCAUCUUUGGAUGGUACAGCAAGGGUGUGGAAUCCUGCAUCUGGGCAGUGUCUGCGAGUGGUGAAUGACAGUCAUUCCUGUGGUUUGACAGCUUGCAGAUUUCAACCUGUGAAUAACAACAUGUUGCUUGUAUCCUCUUAAAUGGAUUGAUCUAAAGGAAGAGUAAAGUAAUACAAAUUUACAAUAAAAUUGGCUGAUGGCCAAGGGCUCAACUUGGGCAUGACAGACUGACUACAUGAUGGUACUGAUUUGUUAAUAAUUGUAUUUAUUGGGCUUAAAUCCUUCUUCUUAACAUCAGGUUGCUCAUUUUCUUUACUGCCAUCUGUACAUUUUCCAUGGUACUAACAUGAAGAGUGUUGAAAAACCAAAGAGUAUUUUUAGUUGGUGAUCAUUUUCUUUUCUCUCAUGACUUUAAUGUUUUAUUUAGAGGUGCCUUAACCAGUGACACUUGAGAGUGACCAGCAUCUAAUUUCUCCUUACAAUGUCACAACAGUCAACACUGCACUUAAGAAACUUAUCCCCUUUAUUCAUAGGGUAACUAAAAAAUUGUAUCAUGCUGUUAAUCCUUAAUCUUAAACAAAGACUGGAAAUCAGAAAGGUCACCUCAGUGUUUUUAACAUGUCCACUGGCAAAGGUUUUAAGGUACGGUUUACAAUGGUUAUUCAUAUCAUGCUUUCAAAAACUGUCUUUUUACUAGAGAAAAAAAAAAGUGUUUUUGGUGCUCCUCUGCUUCUACAUAUCUGAUUUUGAUCUGUUAACCCUGAUGGUUUCCUUUAGAAAUGAAAAGACUUCUGAGUUGAUAUGUGAUCAUGACAUAAAGCUAUGUGAAAUUUUAACAUACGCAGUAACAUUAUAAUUAUAGCAUAAUAGUAUUUUACUGUGGCAUAGAACAGCACAGGACAGCUCACUGUGCCAUCUCUGCUCCCCUGCUCCCUGCUUAUAACAUGAAAAGUUUGUGAUAUCACUAGUUAGUUGUAUUUAUGUCUUCUCCUAGGGUGGCAGUGCUAAAGUUUCAGCUGGGGUUAAGUCUGUCGAGUUUGACUCAUCUGGUAUUCUUGUGUGGGUGGGCGAUGAAAAGGUAUAUGAACUACUCUGUCAUUAUUUAGACGCCAUUUUGUUGAUUUUUUCUUUUGGAUGACUGGGUGGCCUCGUUUUCAUGCUCCUGCUUCCAUGAAAGCGUUGAAAGCGUAGACCACUAGGAGAGUGUUGUAAAGCCAACAAAAAAAGUUAUUACAAUAGCCUUUGAGUACAGUGGAGGGAGGGAGCUUAUUACAUGCAAGAGAAGGUCAUGUUUUUUUGGCGUAGCAUCUGAUGGAUAAAGAGGGUGGGGCGAGUUUUGCAACCCGUUUACAGAUUGUGGGUAAGAAAAAUCAGUGGAAUCCCAGUCAAAUUUUAUGUAAUAAUUGCCAAAUAAAGAAAGUGAUUGCAUGUCGUGAGGUGUUUUAAAUCAGAUGCUCUUUGGAUUCGCGUUAAUCUUAAUAGUCUCAACUUAUUUGAAUUUGUUAUUUGAUAUAUAUUUGUAUUUUAGGGAAGCAUACACGCAUUCUGUUUUGAUGUGGCCUCUGGGCGACUUCAUAAAGCCAAGCGGUAAGUUAUAAAAGAGAUUUUCACCCACGUCUACCCCAUUUUCUGUCUGUAUACCAGGUGUAAGAGCAGUAAUUUGCAAAAAUACAUAGCAAAACAAAGCAAAACAUGACCCCGGUGUAAUAAGUCUUUUUGUUUUUCUUACAGAAUGUCUAUAGCAGAGGGUAGUCCUGUGACUUCAAUCUCAUAUCGCAGCUGGAUGAAUCGCGAGGCUAGGGACCCUGUGCUACUUGUCAAUGUGGCCAUAAAUUUACUUUGCCUCUAUGGGUGAGAUUUGUGAACACAUUAUUCAAAUGCACUUCACAUAAACGUUAAGCCUCUGGGUAAAAAUGAAAGAAACGAGACAAAUAUUUUGGACUUUUCGUAGCAGUUGCUAAAAGAGAGUGAAUGUAUGAAUGUUUGCAGUUACAGAGAAGUGGUCCGCAGUGGAGGUCCUACUGUAUUCCGAUCACCUGUUUUCUGGUUACUGUCUCUGUGAGAACAUCUUACGCCUUAAUAAUUUCUUGGAUUUGAAAGGUUAUUUCUGUUCUUUUUCUUGUCAGAGUUGUAGACGAUAUGGGUGGGCUAAAAUUAAAAAAGUCAUUUGCCGUCGAACACAAGUCUCGUCAUGUAAGAAGUUCAUUUUGUCCCCUGAUGUCGUUUAGACAAGGCGCUUGUGUCGGUAUGUAUAACGUGGAUCAUUCCACCAGCUUUUAAUUUUUUUUGUGUUCAGUAGAGUAAGAGAGAUGGUUCAUUUUGAGUUGGGCCUUUUUAAAAAGAAAAGUUUAAAGAAAAGAUUUAAACAUUUGCUCAUUCAAUGGCUGCAAUUUAUUAAUCUUAUAAUCAGGAUUUUGUUUCCAAAACAAUAAUCCACAAGUUUACGUUAUUGUAACAUACCUAAUUAUGAUAAAAUUUUAUUCUGAUGGCCUUCUCGCUUGUUCAUUAACCCAUCCACCAUCGAGAUCUAAGUUUUAAUUCUCCAAACUGACUGUCAGUCAUUUCUUCAAUUUUUGUGUUUAGAAUUUUUUGUCACAUAAAAAUCAGUCCUAGUUACCGGAAGGAUAUUUUAAGGAGAAAGAACUGUGCUUAUUUGUUACUUAAACUUGUGUCUACAAUUUCAUAGUUUUUUAUUUUGUACAUAGUAAGUGCUAGUGAAGACAUGACGGUCUAUUUCUUCGAUGUGGAGCGCGCCGAGAAGCCUUGUGUGAAUAAACUGUUAGGCCACUCGGCACCAGUCCUCGACGUUUGUUGGAACUAUGACGAGAGUCUGCUGGCAUCCUGUGAUACUGAGGUAAGGGACUGACGAGAGUAUCCGGAGGGGUAGGGGGAAGGAAAACGGGAGGGUGGUGAAGUGGCAAUUUACUUUAUCCUAGAGACCGGUGCAUCGAAAUAUUUGUUUUUUUUUUCGUAGCAGGGUGAUUUAAGCAGUUUUUCAAGAAUUUUUGUUUCUUUUCAUUAUAUACCUUGUUACAAAUUUCUGCUAGAACUUAAAAUGACAAUGCUUUAACUGUACGACCUGGUUAAGGAACUCUAUAUUUACGUGCAGUAUAAUUCCAUUAUGAAAAAGUCGAUUUUAAGCAAGUUAGUAAACCAUCAAUAAUUGAUUAACUUUUCUCAAUGUAAUUAUUUUUUUUUCUUUGUCUUCCUAAGGGAACUGUGAUAGUGUGGAAGCGAGAACAGCGGGAAAAGCACGUCCCGUGAAGCGCUGAUGAAAAAUGCUGGUGGUAAAAAACUAGGAAUACUUAUCAUAAUGAAAUGUAUAAUUAUUGAUAUCAGUGUAAGAUAGGAAAGCAUCUACAUGUAUUUGUUUUAGGAUGGUA